AUGAGUCAUGUGGCCGUCGAAAAUGUCCACGGUCUAGAGCAGCAGCUCGCUGUCCUAGACUUAAGUGCGGCAGACGGACAAGGUGGAUUACCUAACCGGCGAUAUAUUCCUCCACAUUUACGGAACGACGCUUCCAAAAAUGCAGGAAAUGCCUUUGCUGCUGGUCGACCUGGUGGCUACACCAUAGCGCCCCCGGCCAACUAUGGUUGGGACGGGGGACGCAACAAUUUUGUCAAUGGCUACCAUGACAACCGCAUGGCUGGCAACACGUUUAACCGUGGCCCGCCUCGUAUGGAGCGGGGCCGAGGUGGUGUCGGAGGAGGUUACCGUGGCAACCGGGGCGGAGCCUUCAACCCCAUCAACCCAGCACAGCCGAUGGCCUUCGGUGGCUAUGAAAAUAAAGACGCAGGCGGCUGGAACACUGCUAAAGACAGUUAUGGCAGUUUUGGCAACACGGGGAAAUCUGCAUUCUUCAAUGACAGAGGCAAUGCUAACAGAGGGAGGUUUGACCAUGGUGGAUUUGGUGGUGGUGGAGGAGGAGGAGGAAACAACCGAUGGGUGGAGGAGUCCAGGGAAGAGGGAGACUGGUCCAAACAAACACCACGUAACGAACGCCUUGAACAUGAGUUGUUCGCCGCCAGUAACACCGGGAUUAACUUUGAGAAAUACGAUGACAUUCCUGUUGAGGCCACAGGACAGAACUGCCCUCACCACAUCGAAAGUUUCCAAGAUGUGGACAUGGGUGAGAUUGUCAUGGGUAACAUUGGUCUGAGUCGCUACACCAGACCGACCCCUGUCCAGAAAUAUGCCAUUCCUAUUGUCAAGUCAAAGCGAGACCUCAUGGCCUGCGCACAGACAGGUUCUGGGAAGACUGCAGCGUUCCUGCUGCCGAUUCUCAGCCAGAUCUACACCGAUGGACCAGGAGAAGCUCUUAACGCAGCUAAAGCAUCUGGACAGGAGAAUGGAAAGUAUGGACGUCGUAAGCACUUCCCCAUCUCACUGGUAUUGGCUCCAACCAGAGAACUGGCACUGCAGAUAUAUGAUGAAGCCAGGAAGUUUUCCUACCGCUCCAGAGUGCGUCCCUGUGUUGUGUAUGGAGGAGCAGACAUUGGCCAGCAGAUAAGAGAUCUGGAAAGAGGCUGCCACCUGCUGGUGGCCACACCUGGAAGACUGGUGGACAUGAUGGAGAGGGGCAAGAUUGGACUAGACUACUGCAACUACCUGGUCCUGGAUGAGGCAGAUCGUAUGUUGGACAUGGGAUUUGAACCACAGAUAAGACGCAUCGUAGAACAGGACACCAUGCCGCACAAAGGCAUCCGACAAACCAUGAUGUUCAGCGCAACCUUUCCUAAAGAGAUCCAGAUCCUGGCCAGGGAUUUCCUGGAGGACUACAUCUUCCUGGCAGUGGGCAGAGUGGGUUCCACCUCAGAGAACAUCACUCAGAAGGUUGUGUGGGUGGAGGAGAGCGAUAAGCGGUCUUUCCUGCUGGACCUGCUCAGUGCUACAGGUAAGGACUCGUUGACUCUGGUUUUUGUGGAGACCAAGAAAGGUGCGGACGCCUUGGAGGACUUCCUGUAUCGGGAGGGCUACGCCUGCACCAGUAUCCAUGGCGACCGCUCCCAGAGAGACCGAGAGGAAGCCCUGAGCCAGUUCAGAUCAGGAAAAUGCCCCAUUCUGGUGGCCACAGCGGUAGCAGCUCGGGGUCUGGACAUCUCCAACGUGAAACAUGUUAUUAACUUUGACCUGCCCAGCGAUAUAGAGGAGUAUGUCCACCGUAUUGGACGUACAGGUCGUGUCGGAAACCUGGGGCUUGCCACAUCAUUCUUUAAUGAUAAAAAUGGGAACAUAACUAAGGACUUGCUGGACAUUCUGGUAGAGGCCAAACAAGAAGUUCCCUCAUGGCUUGAGAGCCUGGCCUAUGAACACCAGCAUAAGAGCAGCAACAGAGGACGCUCUAAGAGGUUCGCUGGUGGUUUUGGAGCGCGUGAUUAUCGCCAGACGGCUGCCGGAGGCACCGCUGGAGGGUUUGGAGGACGUGGAGGUCGCAACCAGGCAGGACAUGGAGGAACCCGCGGGUUUGGAGGAGGUGGUUUUGGUAACUUCUACACCAGCGACGGCUACGGAGGGAACUACUCACACUCUCAAGUAGACUGGUGGGGCAACUAGGUUCCUCCUUUCCCCCUUUACUCAUCCCUCCUUUCUUCUUCUCACAGAUUCCUCCUUCCCUUCUCCACACUUGUCUGGACCUUAUCCAUUUCCUCCCGUUCAUUAACCCAAAGAACCCACGUGCAUGUUAUUAAACUAUUUAUACUCAUUUAUAUAGCCCUCCUUCCAUCCCUACGCACUCAGAUAUUUUAAUUCUUUUCCUUUACCUGUCCUUUCCAUCUCCACCUUCGUCUUUAAUGUUCCCCAUCUUUUCUUCUUUCUUCAUUUUUGUUAAAUCUCACCUCUUAAAUAGGCCACAGUAUAAAGGGAUUUCUUCAAUUUCAGUUGGUGUAAAAUAGUAGCUUACACUAGCUAGCUACCAGCUAGCACCAUCCUUGAGUUUCAGUAAGGACAUUUUGAACUAUUUUCCCUCUGUGGCAAGUGCUUGAAGAAAAAAUAACCAUUUGAAUUAAAGUUCUAGGUGUUUUUUUUUUUGUUUUUUUUUAACCUCCUAAGAUUAGAUGGACAUUUAAGAUUUACAGUGAGUUAGUUCUACAAAACCUCUGUAGAAGACCUGGGGGGAAAUCCAGUUUUUUUUCACUUGAGUUUUGGCUUUAUUUUGUUUUUGUCUGCAUUCACCCAAAGCCAGCCAGGCGUCCUGUGUACCUUCACAUGUCAUCUUUGUAUGUAACGCAUGGCCAUGUUGUAAAUCACCGGCCAAAACCUUUUCUAAAAUAUAGCGCAGAGAUUGGCAAGAUGUCGAAUCUGAGCAAAAUAUGUCUGCAUAUAACUUCAAAAAUAGGAACUGGCUGACUUCUCCUUUAUUUACACGAUAGAUACUUAAAAGCAGCCACAGAAACAGAACAUUUUAGUUUUGUUUUUCUUUUCACUUUUUUAAAACAUAUUGAAGUCUUGAUUUAAAGAGAUCUGAGAAAGAUGUCUAACAGAGGCUGAAGGGACAAGGCUGGACAAACUGAAACACCCAGCCAAUGGGACGCCAGCAGAUGUUGUCGCCCAUUAGCAAUGAUGCUAGCAAACAGUCUUAGGACUGCAAACAGCAUUUUUCUUAGUUUGAAACAAAACAUAAUAGAGGAUCAUUUGUUUCUGUACUGUGCCUUUAAGAAUUUGAACUUUGUCUCUUAUUUCCGUUGUUUUAAUUGCCAUAAUACGUACAUACGUGGCUACAAGUAUUGGCCAACUGUGACAAAAAGUGUAUUUAAUGUCAUGUAUGGGUUUAAACGUGUUUUUCUUUAUUUAUAUUUGGAAGGAAACAAACUAGGCUUGAACUAAAUCAAACCUUGGCAAAAAAAAAAUAAAAACUAAUCAAAAACUGCGAUGAGAAAACUCAAAGCAAGUCCUUAUCUGUUUAUUGGAGUUCAAAUUCGUCGGAAGGUCUCUGAUGAGCUGAUUCCCAAAAGCAUAAUACCACUGCAACCAUAUUUAUAGAUUAUUUUGAUAUACCCUCACCCUGAAUGACUUAAAUAGGU